AUACGGGGGCUGAGGACAAGUCGUGCAUAAUAUCAUCGAGCAGCUGGGGUGGAAAAGCAGCACAGAGCCCCGGUAUUGAGCACACAUCCUACCAGAGACAACAUGGGUUGUUACGACUGCUGUAUGAAGUGCCUGGGAGGAGUACCAUAUUGCUCCCUGGUGGCCACUCUGAUGUGUUUCUCAGGGAUAGCUCUGUUCUGUGGCUGUGGUCACCAGGCCCUCACUGAGACGGAGAGACUCAUCGAGACAUACUUCGCCCGUAACCUACAGGACUACAUUACCCUGGCCUACCUUAUCCAGUAUUUCCAGUAUGUUAUCUAUGGCUUGGCUUCAUUCUUCUUCCUCUACUGCAUCGUACUGCUGGCGGAGGGAUUCUACACCACCAGCGCCGCCAAGCAGACCUUCGGAGAGUUCAGGAGCACCCUGUGUGGACGCUGUCUUAGUAGCACGUUUAUAUUGAUAACGUACCUUCUGGCGGUGGUGUGGCUGUUGGUGUUUGCCUUCUCUGCCUUGCCUGUCUAUUUCUUCUACAACAUGGACGCUACCUGCCACACCAUCACCGUCCUGACUGAGACCCCAGCUAGCAUCAACCAGCUCUGUAUCGACGCCAGGCAGUACGGGCUCCUACCAUGGAAUGCUUUGCCAGGCAAAGCUUGUGGAAUGACACUGUCCACUGUCUGCAAAACCAGAGAGUUCCGUGUGACCUAUGACCUGUUCAUCGCUGCGUUUGCCGGGGCUGGCAUUACACUCUUGGCUCUGCUCACCUACAUGGUGUCCACCACCUAUAACUUUGCGGUGCUGCGGUACCUGGGGAGAAAGGGCAUAGGCACGCGGUGUUAAGACUCUCCACUUCCUCCCUCCUGUCUCUCCAUCCGACACAGAGACACCCAGAGAGGACACUAUGACUCCCUAACACCCCUCUGCCUAUCCUCAACACCACCGGUGGAGUUGAUUCUUUGAACUUGAGUGAUUGAUUCCUUGAACGAUUCCUAUUCUUUCCAUGUUUCCCUUCACGACCCACCAUCCUUUCCAUGGACUGUGUGUUCGUAGCACCAUGGGUGGUUUGAUGGAAACCCAGACGUAUACUACCUUAGUCUACUGCUUUGUCACACUGCUCUUCUCAUGUUAUAUUUACUUUGCUCUGAAGCUGUCUUCUUCACGUUAGAAGUUUUCUGUAUUUUUGUUAUUCUCCAUGUGUAUUUUAUCAUGGGUUUGUAAAGAUUGAUGUAAUGUUCCUCAUAUACUGCGGUUAGUGUGCCUGACGUAUACACCAUGUUUUCCUCACUUUUUAAAACGUAAAUCACAUGUAAAACCUACCUAGUAACAUAACAAAGAUCAUUUUAUUUGAC